UGAACUACGCAAAUAGAAGAGCAGUGAAAACACAUGUGACUGAGCAGCUCAAAUACAAUUUUUGAAGCAUGACCUUGCAGCACUCAUUCCUGGGAGCAAACCUAACUCUACCAGCUGCACUUGGCAUUAUUCUGGAACGAUCAGAAACCAAAUCUAGCCAAUGACUUUAACAGAACUAUUUACUCGUAUAAAAAAUAUACAGAUUAGUACAAGUCUGUGAUACCAGAUAUGUCAUUAUUCUGUAGAAAUACCAUGUAUCCUUGGGGAAAACACCACCACCACCACCACAAAAAAAAAACUAUAGUUCCCUCCAAGGAAAAAGGACACUGUCGAAAUAAGCAAUUUCAGAAAGUAGGAAAAUAUUUGAUCUAAGCUUUUAAAGCAGUAGGAGAGCUGUCAGAUUCUGUUAGGAUACCAGCAUUGUUCCUUCCAUCAGCCUUUACAAACUUAAGCUCUUGACACCUUGUAAAGGUUUCAUAUUCAAAAAGCACAAGACAUCAAUAAAAUAUUUCUUGUCCUGUGUUCUAGGGCUGCGCAUUUAGCUUAGGGCUUUUUCUUAUAGUAUCACUGCUUAGGAGUACUUAAAGUCAAUUACUCAAGAUUUAGAAAUAAAGGAUUUGAAAAACAUCAGUAAAUUUUAACUUUACUCUCUAUUCUUGUCGGCUUCAGGAAAUACUGAAAUGAGGAAAAUAUUCAAGUCUAAGUAGUGUUUUAAGGACACUAUUUCUAUUUUAGCUGCUGUAGAACUGUUAUUAAACUCUCCGGUUUAUUACUUGGAAGAUAAAAGCACAAAGGGGAACAGAAAAUGAUAGGCGGAUAUAGAAAACGCAAUUUCUUUCUAAGGCAUCAGGUCUCAUUCGCAUCGUGGCUGCUAGAAAAACAAGGACUCAGCCACCGUAAACCCAUCUUAUUCCAGCAUUAGGCCCUUAAAGUGGCUUUUCCGAUGUGGCAGAGCUGAUGUGGGCACACGGCGGGUUUGGCCUGCUCUAUUGUCUGUCCUCAGCCGCGCUUCUCUACUGCUGGGCACGAGGCCUGUCGGGUCAGGGAGCCUGGCGGAGGCCAGCGAGGGCAGCAGGUGCCGGGGCAGCGGGCGCGUUGCUGGUGCAUCUAUUGCCAGGCUCUGGGUGCCAGCGGCACCUUCGGCCUUCUCGUGCGGGUGGGCAGGGGAACUCAUUUCUCCAGGUAAUAGAUUUUGGUGAUUUUUGUUGACUUCGGGCAGCUGCUGGAUUAAGUACAGAGCUGAGGGACAGCUGAGUUCGGCCACUGUCGCAGUUUGCCUGAAGGCGAGCAGAGCACCUUGGCGGGGCCGUGCCGUUGCCCCUUCUCUCCCGGGCCGUGCAGCAGCAGCAGCAGCGCCGGCUCCCAGCCCCGGGUCCCGGCGCCUACAGCUCCCGGCGCGCCCCGCGGCCGCCGCCUCCCGCUGCCGCUGCCCGGAGCCGUUCCGGGGCGCGGGGCCGUCGCCGUGGCAGCGGCGAUGGAGGCGGCGGUGUCGGACGGGCAGUACACGGCCGUGGUGUACGGGCUGAUCCGCGGCGGGCGCUGCGCGGAGGCGGCGGCGCUGCUGAGCCGCGAGCUGCAGAGGGGCUGCCGCUCGCGAGGCGGCCUCUCGCUGCUGGGCUACUGCCACUACCAGCUGCAGGACUUCGCGGCGGCGGCAGAGUGCUACGAGCAGCUCUCGGCGCUGCACCCCGAGCUCGACGCCUACCGCCUGUACCGGGCGCAGGCCCUGCACAAGGCCGGGCUCUACGGCGAGGCCCUGCGUGCCGCUGGGCCGCUGCUGGAGCGGCCAGCCUACCAGGGCCGCGCGCUGCGCCUGCAGGCCGCCGUCCGCUACGCGCAGGGCGACCUGGCCGCGGCCGAGAGCCUGGUGGAGGAGGCGCUGGCCGCAGCCACCGAGGGCGGUGGUCCCGGGGCAGCCCAGGACCCCUCGGAGCGGGCCGAUGCCGAGGUGAACCUGGGCUGCCUGCUGUACCGGCAGGGCCGGCACGAGGAGGCCAGCGUGAAGUUCGCCGGCGCCAUGCAGGUGCUGGGCUGCUGUCCCGAGCUGUCUUACAACAUGGCGCUGUGCUGCUACGCCGCCAAGCAGUAUGCCCCCGCCCUCAAGCACAUCUCCGACAUAAUAGAGCGCGGCAUCCACCAGCACCCCGAGCUCAGCGUGGGCAUGAGCACUGAGGGUAUCGACGUCCGCAGCGUGGGCAACACGCUGCUCCUGCACCGCACGGCCCUCGUGGAGGCCUUCAACCUCAAGGCUGCCAUCGAGUACCAGCUGCACAACCUGAAGGCGGCCCAGGAGGCGCUCACAGACAUGCCGCCCCGGGCGGAGGAGGAGCUGGACCCGGUCACGCUGCACAACCAAGCGCUGAUGAACAUGGACAGCCAGCCCACCGAAGGGUUUGAAAAACUGCAGUUUCUCCUGCUGCAGAACCCCUGUCCGCCAGAAACUUUCGGAAACUUGCUGCUCCUCUACUGCAAGCAUCAGUACUAUGACCUGGCGGCUGAUGUGUUGGCAGAGAAUGCCCAUUUGACCUACAAACUGCUCACGCCGUACUUGUACAAUUUCCUGGAUGCCAUUAUUACUUGUCAGACUGCCCCCGAGGAGGCUUUCCACAAGCUAGAUGACUCAGCAGGGAUGCUGACCGAGCAGCUGAGAAAACUCACGAAGCAGGUACAGGAAGCUAGGCAAAACUGGGAUGAUGAAGCUGUAAAAAAGGCCGUUAAUGAGUACGAUGAGACUCUGGACAAAUAUAUACCUGUCUUGAUGGCCCAGGCAAAGAUUUACUGGGACAUGAAGAACUACACAAUGGUAGAAAAGAUAUUCCGCAAAUCGGUAGAGUUCUGUAAUGAAUAUGAGGUAUGGAAGCUCAACGUGGCUCAUGUGCUCUUCAUGCAAGAAAACAAGUAUAAAGAGGCUAUUAGCUUCUAUGAGCCAAUAGUUAAAAAGCACUAUGACAACAUUCUCCACGUUAGUGCCAUUGUGUUGGCUAAUCUCUGUGUUUCCUACAUCCUCACAAGUCAGAACGAAGACGCCGAGGAACUGAUGAGGAAGAUUGAGAAGGGGGAAGAACAACUGUCCUAUGGUGAUCCUGAGAAAAACACCUACCAUCUCUGCAUUGUCAAUCUAGUCAUUGGUACCCUUUACUGCGUGAAAGGAAACUACGACUUCGGGAUUUCAAGGGUCAUUAAAAGCCUGGAGCCGUAUAACAAAAAACUAAGCACCGAUACGUGGUAUUAUGCCAAAAGGUGUUUCCUGUCCCUGCUGGAGAAUAUGUCCAAGCACAUGAUCAUGCUACGUGACAGCGUUAUUCAAGAGUGCAUUCAGUUUCUGAAGCAAUGUGAACUGUAUGGAAGAAACAUCCCAGCUGUCAUUGAGCAGCCACUCGAAGAUAAGAGGAUGCACAGUGGGAAAAAUACAGUUACGUAUGAAGCCAGGCUUUUGAGGGCACUGAUGUAUAAGAUUGUUGGAUGGACUCUGUAAAUGAGGUUCCUGUGCAGUAGAGAUUAGAAUCUUGUGUCUGAUCUUUUUUUAGAUUGUGGGGUGAUGCUUACCCUGGUAGUACUUAGUGGUCUGCUUUUUUUCUUGAUUGCUUGCAUUUAAAUAUUUUGUCCUGUAUUUUAACAACAUUCAGUGGAAAAUAAAAUAUUUGCGUGAAAUUAACAUGCACCAAAAUAACUAGGGGCAUUCUCAGUCACGUCAUAAACACCUUAAGAUUCACUGACCAAGCACUACAGAAGUACCAUAGAGUUUUCACCUGUAAAAUAUUUUAUCCCUGUGAAAUUUUCACCAAGUUUCUUUACAUUGUUCACAGUUGAAAAUAAUUUGCUCACCAUCUCUCCUAGCACAGAUAUUGAAGAAACAGAGUUAUUUCAGUUCUCUUAUUUGUGCCUGCGUGUGAAAAACUUCCUUCUUUUGCUUCUUUCAAGCUAUUUUUAAUAUGUCACAGACUAUGUUCGUAGUAUAUUCAAACAUUAAAAGUGGCUUUAUAAUAAAAAAUCACUCCUACAAAAAUUAA